AGCGUAGCUUGAGGUAUUGCUAGAGCGAGCGGCCGCGAGGGAGUGUACAACGCCAUUUUCUCUAACCGCGGGUGAAGUCGGUCGACGAUACGUGAGUCAUUCGCCGACGAAUUUGCAGGUUUCUGUCGGAGGACGUCGGGACCUGGGGCUGUCCGCGGGCCCUGACGCGAUCAUCGGUGUUAUGCGCGGACACGCGGGCAGCUGUGCGGUGGAUAUGGUGAGUUCCGAGAGAUCGAAGCGCUCCCGGGAGACGUGACGUCUUGUCAGUUGGCCUUUUCCCAUUCCCCCUUCUCGGUGAGCUCCCGCAGGGAUGGCUCGUGCAGAGUUGUCGUUCAUGAUAACGUAACAGAGACCAGACGAGCGACGACCGACCGUUACGCAUCGAAGCCGUGUAUCGCGACGGGCCGAACAUUCACGUGGAAUUAAGAACGGUUCACGGAGAGAACACCGGGGGAAAUCGCUGGACAUUUCGUUCGGGCCAAUGGGCGGAGGUUUAGGGCGGCACAUGGCUGUUGGGGCGCCGGUUCUGCAGGGGGUGGUUUUCCCAACGGCUAGCUCCCACUGACUCUGAAACUCUCGGUUUUCCACGGCCUCCCGUAGUCCGCGGCCCGACCCAUCCCUAAAUCGAAAUCGUGCGAAAUCGCGGCCGGUCACGGUUCGAGUAACAAGUUUCCAGUGACAGUGCUAAGAGAAGCAACUCCGUUAUAUGUCUCGAUCUCCUUGCCGGAGCACGAAGAAGCUGCCGGAGAGUAUAUUCGGUAUUUUGCGGAUCACGCGUGCUCUACCGUGUGUUCACCGAUCUGUAGUUUGUGCACGUAAAGAUCGGACGGAGGAGCGACGGUGAUCGCCGACGAUCGCCGACGGGACAAGAUACCGCAAUCUUUCUGCCGCGGAGCAGGUUCCGAAGAGUUAGAUCGACGGAGAGUGAUCCAUCGAAAUCCAGGAAAACAUCGAAACUAGAAGAUGCCGCUGCCUAAGCGGUUGGUGGAGCCGGUGCUGGUCGCACGUGGCACCAUACCCGAGAACUUUCCGCUGCCAUCGGAACUGGAGGCUGUAACCAAUGGUACCUUGGCCAAUACAAUUAGGCAACUGUCCAGCCUGUCGAGGCACGCCGAAGAUAUGUUUGGCGAGCUUGCGAGGGAGGCUCACGGAUUAAGCGACAGAGCGAACUCGUUGCAAGCUAGGAUAGACCGGCUGGCCGUGAAGGUUACUCAACUGGACAGCAACGUCGAGGAAGUGUCUCUGCAAGACAUACACAUGAGGAAGGCGUUCAAGAGCUCGGUGGUGUUCGACCAGCAGGUUGUCUCCAGGGAUACCAUGCCCACGGCGAUGCUGGAGACCUACCAUCAAUGCGAUACGCCGCCACCUCUCGAUAAACUUAACGUUUACAGGGAGGAUGGCAAGGACGGUCUGAAGUUCUACACGGAUCCUAACUACUUCUUCGACCUGUGGAGUCGGGAAAUGCUCAAGGAUAUCUUUUCGGACACCGAAAAGAAGCUGCACGAUCGGGGGAAGAAGACCGAGUCUGAAUAUGCCGAACCGUUCAGAGAGCCGCAUAGGCCUCGGAACGAGGGUGGCGGUGGAGGCGGCGGCAGGCAUAAGAAGCGCAUAAGGCAACCGCAUAAUACGAGAGAAAGGCAGAAACAGUUGGCCCUCGGACAUGGGGAGUAUAUUAUGCCAACGCAGGCUGUCCAGUACAGGGCACCCCACAACAUCCCUGACGAAUCGUUGCUGGGAAUGGUGAUGACCGAACAGCGGCCGCCGAGGCCCAACAGCAUCGAGCUUAGACGAAGCUACCCUCCAGAGGAGCAGCAUCUUUACAGUCCUCCAUCCUCCGAUCACUAUAGGGCUGCAAAUUACGUCGCACAAGGUUACGAAGACAACCUAUACGGUUCACACUAUGGUUCUGGACAAGGACAGGCUGGCAGUGAGACGUAUCAGAGCCCUAGUAGUCAAAGCACACCAAGUAGAAGUGGCAGAUCGCGACCUUCGCAGCCACCGCCAGCGCCACCAAGCAAUACUUCUAGCAAUUCAACCCCUACUGUAGCCUCUGCUAAUAAUACGCCAACACGGGGAAGGUCGAUGAGUACCAGUAGGGAUACUCUGCCUCCACCACCUCCACCACCUGGUGAAACGAUGUCUCCACCGCCUAUGAAUGGCUCUAUACCGUCGCAUCUAUUGAACAGGAAUGGAAGUCGCUCGAACAGUCCAUUACCCAGUCACCACUCCACGCCCACUCCGCCAAAUCAUUUAACACAAAUCGGAACGGAUGAAACCGAUCCAGCAGCGCCGCAAGAUUUGCCGCCUCCGCCUCCGACUCCGGAUCCCGCACCACCAACCAGACCUAUUUCUCCGCCCUGUAAUAUCCCACCCCCGCCUCCGCCACCGCCGCCACCGCCUGUUGCUAAUGGACCGCCGCCACAGGUGCCUCUAACCAACGGCGAUAUUGCUAAAAUGAUAGCGACCAAUCGGCCGAAGUUGAAACCCCUGAAGAAUAUGGACGGGCAAUUGAGGAAGCCCGUUAAUCCGAACAUCCCCCUUGUCGAUCCACGAAACGAUCUACUUAAAGCAAUUAGAGACGGCAUUAAAUUGCGCAAGGUGGAGAAAAUCGAACAGAAAGAAGUGGAGCGCGUGAACGCGUUGAACGACGUCGCGUCUAUAUUGGCAAGACGCGUUGCUGUAGAGUUCAGCGACAGCGAUUCAGCUUCAGAAAGCGAGUGCGACAGCGAAGGAUGGGGCGAACAAGAAACGAAUCUCGCGUGACCAACUACGCUGGCAUCCACCACCACAGCCAGCUAAAACAAACAGCUGACGAGUUUUUCCUGUCCUUUUUACCCAUUCUUUCGUACAUUCAUUUUCAUCAACGAAACUUCCACGUCUCUUGCUCGUUAGAAGUUUGGGUGCAAGUGAACAGAAGAGGACUCGUCGGAUGUGAAAGUAGCACCAGAACCAGCGAAUCCGCUUACUCAACGGUUUCCGUUAAGUUUCAAUAGUGCAGAAGAAACGACAGUAAGUUCUUAGACACGUAUGUAGUACCAUUCAAAGUAUUGAAGGGAUUCGUUUGCGCGAGAAAAUCACAGUGAUUGUUUUUGUUAAAACAUCGAUCUUUAUUUUGUGAACUCUUUAGCGACAGAAUGGGUGCACGUACAAAACGACUCAGUGGGGCGGGGCCCGCCACCGCGUGGGUUUCAAAAAAUUUAUCGAUGACUUAUCUAUCCUCUUUAUCGUCAUGAAUAGUAAUGAAUCAUUGAACAGCUUUAUGUUAUUAUUUUUAUGUUAUACAAUUCAGAAUUUAUGGAAACAACAUUUUGUAUGCACCGUUUCAUUAAAAAUGCUCUGUAUAUAUUUAUAUACCCCGUACGUGAAAGAUGCGUACGCGGAACUAAGUCAAAUAGCAGAGCUAAUAUCCUGUUCAUUUUUUUUGUGUAUAAGAUUCGUAAAAUACUUGUACCUUAAAACGUUUUCAUAUGCUUGCUCGGCUAGGUACAUAGAUACAACGAGUGUAACGACAGGUAUCCGGUCUUUUCUAUGUUUCCAAGUGAUCUUCCAUUGUCACAGACAAUGCGCGAAGAACCAAGGUUCUUAACAGCGAAGUGUCGUAAACCAAAAUACUCCGUUUACUAUAAGUAAGAACUAUGUAAUUACCGAACGAGUGAGGGGACUCAUAUUUUUUAGCGUUUAGUGGAGGAAACUCAACGAUAACAACUUAUAACUACUGUUACGGUGAGGAUCACAGUUGCCAAUUUUAAACAGGAAGAAUAUGAUUGUGAUUUAUUUUGCAUCGAUGUUGGUGAGGUACGGUGAAUAUUGAUAAGGUAUAUAUACAUACAUAUACUUUCUAUAUAUGAAUGUUCGUGUAUGUACAUGAUGUGGAAAGAGUCGAAAGCACAGAAAUAAUUUUUGACAUUUAAUCCGUUGAAACUGUUCCUUUCAUUUUUAGAACGUGUUACAUGUAAGUCUCAUUGUUGUGAACCUAAGACAAUAGUUAGUUUUUAUCAUUAUGUGGUUCUUGUCACCUUGAUAGGAUAUAAAACUCAACUUCAUAGGGCUGACAAAGACAAAUCGCAUUUUCAGUAAUGAUGAAUUCUGAUAUAUGCAUCAAUACAUAAACAAUAAUCCCAAUUGAAGAAAAUAAAUUAAUUAGCACAUAUGAAAUUGUUAUGCAUAUACUUUCACUAAGUUUUGUGUACAAAGAGUCAGCUCAAUGUACAACCCGACCUAUGUGUACAUACACUUACAUUAACAGAGAUUUUGAGAAACUUCUUCACCAAUUUUGCCAAUGUGUAUUAUUAUAAAAACAAAGACAAACCGACCUGUUAGUAAGUCAGUGAAUUUUAUGUAUUUGUGGUGGCAACUCGGCGGGGGAUUAGUACCAGCACAAAAUUCGUGUGUCCGAGUAGCCUCGAAUAAGUACUCACAAUCUUCUUUUGAUGGUAUAAUUUAUAUUUUCUUACAACCUACUCUGUACAACUUAAACGAACUUAAAUUCCUUUUGACAAGGGAAAUUAUCAUUUCUCGUCACCGUCCACCCUAUAUAGGUUGGCCAUCAACCAAACCACAAUACCCGGUCGUAUUUGGCUUGCGUGGGCGUUUGAACGGAGUGGUUCGAAGUUUAGGGAGGUCCCUUUUUCUGACGAGAAAUAAUAAUUUCCUUUAUCAAGGGGAAUUUGAGCUUGUCCGAAAAAGGAACCUCCCUGAACUUCGAGUCGUUCUGUUCAAACGUCGAUGCGAAAAAAAUUCGUUAUUUAUAGCGCAUACAAAUUUUUCAUAUUGCCUCACUCCGUAUUUGAUUCACUGAAAUUAUCUGUGAAAUUAAAUCUCGUAGUGUUAAUUACUUUCUUCCAUGUACGAAUAUACAUAUAUUAACAUAAUCUUCCACAGUCUAUUCAUAAGUAAAUAGCUGCUGUAGUUUACGAAUCAUUUCGACCCAAAGAUUUGCGUGAAUCUUUUUUUAAGACUUAAGGCAUUUACGAAAUGAUACUUAUAGAAAAUUUUUGCAGAAGUUUCUCAAACACUUUGUAUGAAUAUGUAUUGAUUGUUAAGAUUAUUGUAUAAUCUUAUGUGUUCGAAUGGCAAGGAAUGUUAAGGAAAUCUAUUUCUCCCUCCUCGUUUCCGAACGUUAGUGCGUCAAACUUAGUGUUAAUCCAACUGCACUCUAGUUGGCUGGUCGGAUUAGCAUAUUUCUUUUAAAUACGAGAUGUUCGAUUGAUUCGAACCGCGCGAAUGGUAAUUUAUAUUUAAUAAUUCAUUUUCACCGGUGCUCGUACCGGAGUUUUAUCUUGUAUAAAAUGAGAUAUACGAAGACGAAGAAGGAAUAGCGGAGUCAUAUCCGCGUACUAGCGUACGAUUUAUCGGCAACGACACGUGUACAUGUACAAUGUUUUUUAAAUAACAGUCAGAAUACUAUUAAUAAUACUGUAAUAUGUAAUAUGAAUAAUUGAUCAGUCUCGUCUGUACUAUGUUUAUACAUAUGCAUAUAUAUAUAUAUAUAUAAAUAAUAUAAUUCGAAGUAUGAAUUCGUUAAGUUAUAAGGAUUCGAGCGGUAGGAAUUACAUCUUUAGCUAACUUUCGCCAACUACGACACAGUAUUUAUCCAAGGAUUUUUGUAAUCGUGACGAAACGCUGGUAGCGUUUCCGAUUGUAAAAGCUUGAAUAUCAUGCGAGUUUGUAUGAAUGUAUAUUACUCUCCGACCCGCGUGCUUAUCCGCAGCGAACUAUCAUGCGCUAAAUUAUUGUGAAGCUGUUGUACCUAGCCAAGAACGGUUAUUCCCAAACUCGAUCGAAUUCAAGCAUUUUCUCGUCACCGCCGCCGCCGCCACCGGAAACGAAACGUAACAGACGUUUCCGAUUUCUACUACGAACCACGUACUCGCUCAGCAGGUCUUUAAAUUUACUCUGGUGCAAAAGUAAACUUAAGUCUCCUUCUGCCCGAUACCGAUAACAGGUAAAUAAAUUCAUUUUUCCCUGCAACGAUAAUAAGAGGAACAUUCUAGCUCGCGUAUACCGAACUCUAAUUCUAGCUUGCAUUCUCAGAUAUUUUGAUUCGUGUACGGUAAUACAAUAUAAAGGACAAAGACGCAAGCGUAAUAGCCCUACUGAUUACAAAUGUACGACGGUAUUAUUAACAAUAAUAAAAUUUGUAGCAAAUCUGUACAGAGCCAAAUAAAUCAAAAACUUUCAUAAAUCA